GAUAUCGAUCGAUAAAUUCUCGCACGACCUGACGAAACGUUCGUCGGUUCGUCAAAAAGAUUCGCAAUGGCGCCGAGAUCGCGGGCCGUCCUCUUCCUCAUCGCCGCUGUCCUCGCGGCGGUAGUCGCCUCUGCGUCCGCGGAGGACGCGAAGCCGACCAUCCUGACUCCUGUGGCGAACACCCCGCUGGGCUCAUUCGAGGGCGCUGACGGACCUGUGGCCGACGACGCCAUGGAAGACGAGGACGCCGCGCCCGUCGGGGCGCCCAUUGGCACCACCAUGACUGAGCCCAAGCCGGAGCUCGCCAACGCGCCCCCGGGAGCCACCGAAGCUGAAGGUGAUGAUGCAGCCGCCAGUGGUGCUGCCUCCGUCCUCGUGGGGGCUUCUGUUGCUGCCUUCGCCGGCGUCGUUGCCGCGGCGUUUGCCUUCUGAGGACGCAGCCAAGAUUUAUGCUUGCAUGUGCGCGGUCUUGAUUAGAAGAGUGAACCAAUGCAGGUUCUGAUGUGUUGUUGUACUCUCAAAUUAGGUGCAUCACCCUACCAUUCAUGUCUUUUGUUGCUUUCUCCUUCCAUCCAUGAACUUCCAUUUACCAACCAGCUUUGUUAACCUAUUGACAAUCCACUAGUAGAAUUUUAAUCACAUGUAUAAAUCCCUGGUCAUGUAGUUUCAUUCAAUAUAUGUUCGUCGUGGAUA